AUGCACCCUUGCAUGGGAGUGUCAUCGGGCGCUCGUAAUUGUCAUAAAAACGUAAAUAUGCAGCCUAGAAAUGGUAUUUGUGACAAAAUUGAAAACUACAUAUCGGAGUUGAGUCAGUGGUCAGUAUGGAGGACAAUAAUACUCGGACAAUUUUUGUCAAUAGUCCUUUACUGGAUGACUCAAUUAAAUCAUCACAUCAACACCGUAUCAUUACCAAAACUCAGUAUUCCAACAGGUCAAAAUCUUCCGCAUUAUGUAAUGUUGUGUCUGGUGUACACGACGUGGAUGUCCUGCCGAGGAGCUGGUAAUGGUUUAAUUUCUGUAUUAAGAGCCCGAGGAUGGAGGUAUUUAUUGCUUGCAUUUAUUGACGUUGAGGCUAAUACUCUCAUAACUUCUUCUCACCAAUUCACGAGUUUGGCAAGUAUCCAGUUACUCGAUUGCGUAGCAAUUCCGGUGGCUCUGGCACUCUCAUGUCUGGUUUUGGGAGUUCGAUAUCGAAUUGUUCAUAUUGUCGGUAUUUCCGUUUGUUUAAUGGGAGUUGGGUGUCUCGUUUGGGCUGGUAUUGAUGACAAUAAAGACAUCGGAAUUAAUGGCAAAAAUCAACUAGUCGGCGAUAUGUUGUGUCUUGGAGGUGCUGUACUAUUCUCAGUAACAACUGUCCUUCAAGAAUUAGCCGUUAAGACAGUGGAUAUUAUCGAGUACUUGGGAAUGAUUGGAUUCUUUGGAACUAUUCUGAGUUGUAUUCAAAUUGCUGUGUUAGAAAGACUGCAGAUAGAAUCGGCGUCUUGGAGUACUGCAACACCGGUUGUAAUAACCGCGUUAAUAUUUUACUGUAUAACUCAGUUUGUAUUUUUUUCACUUGUUCCGGUUAUUUUAUUCGAAUCUGGAGCUACUGCGUUACAAUUAUUCCUCCUUACUGCCGAUUUCUUUAAUGUACUUUUGGGAAUGCUUACACAUCAAUACAAGUUCCAUACGUUAUAUUUUCUCUCAUACACACUGACAAUGACCGGGAUAUUUAUUUACGCAAUAAAAAGGACACCCAUGUCAUCAAAUUCACGCAGACAGCAACAGUUAGAAACACCGGCGCCGGAUUAUAGUGACGUGAUUUUAAGACGCAUGUCGCACCCGGAUGGUGGAGAAGUAGAAAUGGCCACAAGCUCAGGUAUGUCAGCGGUUAGCGGCCCUUUGGACGGAAUUGAUGUCAAAGUACCGUCAAUUAUUGAAAGUGAACGAGAGACAAUGGAUGCUGGCAGUUUGCCUAUAAGUGUAAGCUCCGAUACGGCCUUUACGUCUUUUUACGGAAGCCAAUCUAACUUAUAA